UCAUAUCUCUCUUGCCUUAUAAAGACGCGCGGACCGUUGCCGGGCCCCAUUUCGUCCCGGCAGAACCGUAUCAAGCUGUUUAAUCCAGAGACGUUACUAAAGUGAAACUGUGUAUUCUUCCUGUUACACAUGUGAUGGAUUGUGUGUUAUCCAUAUUUCUGGAUACUUUUAAAGCGAGGACGAUUGUGUUUUUUUUUUUUGAUAAAUAAUUAGUUCUUAGAAAUAAGUGCACACGUUUCGUUAAGUGCGGAUCAAACCACGGUUUUCUGUACUUUGCCUUUGUGUUGUUCGCGUCAUCCCAUGGUAGUCAAUUCUCGCCGACUAUGUGGAUGCUUCAUCCUGUGCCCAUUUUAUGACAGAAUCAGAGGCGGAGUAUUAAAGGCGGUUUAAGGAGGGACCUAAACGUGAAAACAUGCUCCAAGACAGCAAAAGUGAAGUUGGCGGGAAACAGCGGUCUGGAAACCCGUUCAGCAUCAGUCGUGUACUUGCAGACGACUUUGGGAAAAACUUUAAAAAUGGACUUCCGGUAGGUCCAGUGUCGGCUCUAAGGUCUGUACAUGAAGUCAGGCAAGGUGGGUGUUUAACCCUGUCGCCCACAGGAGCCCAGAAUGUUUCAAGUUUCAGCGUCGGCAACCAAAAGUCAUUCGAGAAUGUCGGCUUUUCCAGCGACGGUAGUGUCGUCGGAUUCGGGGUCUGUCAUUCGCCCUCGGUGACCUCGCCUAUGUACUCUCCGGAGUUGUUCCGGUCCGGACAAAAUCACAGAAACCACGAGAGGGCGCCAUCGUCGUGUUCUGAGAAUUCUAAAGAGGCUGGGACCUCCCCGAGUCACGAGUCGGACUACUGCAGAGACGACCGCGAUAAAUACCCGCUGUCAGAGGCGGAGAUGGUCUCCGGCUAUCACUUGCACAGCGAGUCGCCCCACCGCUUCAAAGGCUCCCCCGGCGCGGCCGAGUCCCCGGAGCGCCACUACAGCAGCUCCCCGGCCUCCUGCGCCGACUCCGUCUUCGACAAGGAAGACCAGAACAACAACACAGACGUGGAGGUGGACGACGACGCCAUCGAGGACUUCGCGGAAGACGAAGACGGGGCCCGAACCCCGGACAAACACAAAGACUCUGAAAAGCAGGGCGACGAGGCCAAGGCGGACAAGGAGGGUAAAACGGAGGAGGAGAAGAAAAACGAGAAGCCGCCCUUCAGUUACAACGCCCUGAUCAUGAUGGCCAUACGGAGUAGCCCGGAGAAGAGAAUGACCUUAAGCCAAAUCUACGAGUUUAUCACCAAAAACUUUCCAUAUUACAGGGACAAUAAGCAAGGCUGGCAGAACAGUAUACGGCAUAAUCUGAGUCUCAACAAGUGCUUUCUCAAGGUUCCAAGACACUACGACGACCCUGGCAAAGGAAACUAUUGGAUGCUGGACCCUUCGUGCGAUGACGUGUUCAUAGGAGGGACCACCGGCAAACUUCGGAGGCGCUCGUCACACUCCGCCAGGAGUCGGCUCGCCUUUGGUCGAGCGGGUUUUCCCUAUAUGGGACUUCCGGGAUUUCCCAGAGACGGUCACCCAGCGUUGUUGCCGUUUUCAUCGUUCUAUUCCUUGCCAGGAAUGAUGAAGCAUCCAGGGGUGUACCCCUACCUUGGACAUAAUCUACUUCAGCCGGGUGCUGGCUUUAUGGACAGCGGGAACCACCCGAUGGCCAGACUUCCUGGGAUCGAAAAACUCUUCGUCCACGGGAUGACGUCCCAAUCCGCGGCCAUCUCAGCCGCAGCAGCCGUGGCCGCCGCGACGUCAACAGCCUCCCCGAUGUCCAGGUCGCCCCCUGGUUCCGGGAGAGUGCCCCCGGGCACAAGACAGUUUUCCCCGUACGGCUCUAUGGCCGCGACCCUGCCCCCAACCUCAUUCGUCAUACCAGGGUUCGGUCACCUGUGCUCCAAGUCGUCAGGUCUGGCUCUCUCAUCAGCGGCGGCGUCAGCGCACCGGAAGAUUGAAGGAGGCGACACCGUCAGCAGCGGCAACAACAACGGUGAUACGAACAGUUCGGCCCUGACAUUGUACCCUCACCUCCUAAGACCCUUCUCCUCAAUGACCAAUGUAGACUCCCAUAAACUCAUAUCACCUAUGCUAACUCAUUGACGAGUCAGUCAGUAACGGACUAGCAAGCUAGCCUUCCGCCUUGCUAUUUAUAGCUUCCAAAAGGGAACCCAAGAUGACCCGGAAGUAAUUCACUCACUUCACAUUAGCUACGUCAUCAUCCUCACCUUGAACUUGUCUUCCAAAACUUGAUUUUUCCAUUUCUGAAACAGUUGCUAAAAUGCCGCCAAAACGCAAAGUUCGAAGAAUGUUAACGGAAGGCAAGAUGACAUUGAGAUCCCAAAGUGGAUCAAGAGACGCCAUGUCUAGUACCGAGGGAAGGCUAUUAAUACUUGGGAAGUCACGUGAUCAAAGACACGUGAUAGAGUACAAUGUCAAGGUUAAAAAUUUAAU